CCACCAUCAACGAUACACGAGGCGAGUCAAACGCAUUCGUAUCAUCUCAGCAAUUGACUAGGACUAUUUCAGAGAAAUAGCAGACCGGAAAUCCAUUUUUAUUGAAAACCAACAUGACCCCCAAAGAUGCUUUCGCAGGUAUGCCUUCGAGAUGUCCUGAUUGCGGAUUCACGUCGAUGGAGACGCUCGUUCCUCCUGGUCUUCCUCCAUUGCGAGUCGAUGAGCUCUUCUCCUGCAAUGAUGCGCCUCUCGAACACGAACGUGCAGUACUGGAGGCUAUCGUUCGUGAGAGUGACGACUAUAUCUCCGUUCUGCAGCAGCGAAUUUCCGACACAAGAAAUACGCUCGAGGCUCUCCUUCAGGAGAAGAGUAAUGUAGCGAAACAUGCUGCAGCUGCGAAAGCUCUUCUCAAUCCUGUUCGAAGGCUAUCGGCCGAUGUACUGAUCGAAAUUUUCACCGCGUGCACUGCCCGCAUCCCGAUCCGCACUGAUACCGAUCCACUUAUCGAUCUUCCUUCAAACAGUAUUGACUCGCUUAAUUCCAAGGCCAUGCCAUGGGUUCUGUCUCAGGUCUGUGCGACUUGGAGAACGACUGCGUUGGAGACAGCCAAGCUGUGGUCAUACAUCAAGCUAGAUAUGGACGAGUACGUGAACCACAUGGAAUACGUCUUUCGUUUUGGUAUUCUACUGGCCAGAACAAGGACUCAUCCACUUUCCGUCUCCAUUUCAGCCAACACCAGCAUCUCUCACCAACCCAUUCUUGCCAUGAUUCUGUCCACAUCAUCCCGAUGGGCCGAACUGCGUGUUAGCGCCCCCUUCCAUGCCUUCCUCCCAUUCAAUAACGUAUCGCAAUCUCUACCUGUACUAGAGGUUUUAGCUAUACACAUCCUCGAUGAUGCUAACCUCGGUGCACAUCCUGAACCCUCUCACAUCGUUCAUGGCUUCAAGCAUGCACCCAAGCUUCGCUCACUGAGUCUUGUGCAGGCCAUUGGCAAGCCUAUAAGCUUCUCGAAACGAUUCGCUUUACCAGUGGCAAAAGUCUCGCGACUACGUGCUCACAUGGCACCUGCUCACGCCGCCUCCCUUUUGUGUUGGGAUGGAGCCCAAACCGCAGAAUCUGCAUGUUUCGUGAUGCUUGAGCAUGGUCUUCAACGACUUGAAGUUCCCAUGACCAGACAUGCGUAUCUUAGGGAUCUCAGUGUCGUUGAAUGGGGUUUCAUUUCCAGCUCAGGUGCCAUAGCGGAACUUAUAUCCAACCUCCAGCUGCCUUCUCUACAGAAAUUGAAGCUGAGCUAUGAGGGAAUGACUUUGAAUUUGCCGGUCAUCUCGCGGGAAACUAUACCUGCUUUGACAGAGUUGGAAAUACGUUCUACUCGGCUUGCUGCAGAUGGUGACGCAUUAGCAGACAUGCUCCAUUGGACGCCAAAGCUCACGAGCCUUACGCUUGCGGUAAAUUUCAGAGAGACCGACCUUUUUCUUUCUCUUGAGAAAUUUCACGAUAACGCGUUUGAGUUGGUUCCUCGUCUGCACACCAUUUCCCUUGUAGGUGCCGCCUUCGACGUGAAUUGUCGUAGUCAUGUUAUCGUUGAGUUGGCGGAAGCCCGGCGUCUCAUAGCAUGCGCCCAUGAGCCAUUGUUGAAGAGGGUUUACUUGAACAAGGACAGUCGGGUCCCGGCUGGACAUAAGAAGCGUUGGAACAAAUUGCGCCAUGGAGGUCUAGAGAUUCUGUUUUUAUCUCCGUAAAGUAUAUGUCGGUGUCAAGUGCAUACGCUUUCCGAGAUUCUUGCGCUAUCGUGUUUCCUUGAAGUUUGCACUUCUGUUGCCGCUUGCGCCACAUGCAUACCAAAUGUCUAGGUUACUGGUGUACGAGACCUAGUUAAUGGGGCCAACAUUGGACGAUUGAAACAUGGGAUUUUGGCAAUGUAGCGAAUUCGUAAAUAUAUUUAUUGAUAUCCGUA